AUGGAUCAUCUUUUUCCUAUUGAAAAAUCGUUAAUAGAUGUCCACAUUAUUAUUAUAUGCAAUGAUGAUAUUCAAAUGGCGUAUAACUUGAUAAUCAGUCUAAGAAGCAGAAAAGCGAAUAUGAUAUCUUUGUUAAUAAAAGAGGAUUUACGCGUUGCUGCAUUAAAAACUAUUGAUAAUUUGGCAAGUAUCAUACCGGGCGAAUGGAAUGUAAGAGAUGAUUUUGAACGCUUAUUAAAUAAUGUGUCAUCGUACUCGGUGAUAGUGAUUAGUAUGUUAUAUCAUGAAUUUGAACGUCAAAUGACAUUAUUUAAAUCUUGCGUAGAUUCCAAUGUAGCUCUGUUUAUAUCAUGGGAUUCGGGGAUGGAGCUCGAAGAACAUGUCAAAGAUAAAAUGUGCCCACGCACCAGAUUACAUCAAACUUUGAUUGAUUAUCAUAAUUCCAACAAGAAAAUCAGUAAAAAAACCAAUAAUGGGUAUUGUUCGGGAAUAGUAAAUUGGAUUCAUUUUCAAGUUGGAAUUUUUGAUGAAGUGAUAUUAAACAAUGAUCUUUCAAAUAUCACGACCGCAUUUAACAGCCCAAACCAAUUUAUUUUCCUAAACGUUACGGUGAAAGAUGAUUUCGUCAAUGUGAUUGUGGAAGCGAUUGUUUCAUCAAAUGUUGAGCCUAAUCGUAAUUAUGUAGUUGGAGAUUUUGUUUCCCACACAUUUUUAGGUCACAUUUACAAAGUGGUCAAUCAACCCGAGAUAAAAGAAUUUGAGGUAACAAAUCAACUUCGAUUGUCCGGAAUAGUUUCUGCCAGACCUUUACCUCGUAUCUUAUAUCCGGAUUGUAAUGCGUAUGAUUACAAGUUAUUAGUUGAAAUUUCAUUCCAACACCAUACCAUUAUAUAUCAAAAAUUAACCGGUCAUCGUCGUUUAACACUUAAAGAUUGGUUUAUUAAUCUAUAUGAAAAUAAAGAAUUUAAUUAUUUAUGA